AUGCAUUAUCUGGGAGAAAUUCCACAGGAGAUCCUCGAGAACAUCGCAUUUUUCACCGCUACAGCAGAUUUUCUUGGCCCACCGGUUGGAGUCAUCGGUCUGCUCACCGCCAACCACCGCAUACAUUCGGCCCUAUCGAUCUCCUCGAAUCCUCACCUCUGGACGAGAGUGUUUGCCUAUAAAUUUGAUCUGCAGUCGACAAUUCGACGUCUAGGUGCUGGACGAAUUUCUGCCGUUGCGACAGCGGACGAGCUCAAGCGACGAUGCAUACUCUUGAAGCGGAUACGCUCGCAUCCGGACACGCUCACCAGGACUUACGAAUUGCCUACAACGCACGUGGAAGAGCUGAAUGCGAUUCUGUGGAUGGCAUAUCUAAUGAUGCUAGAGAACGAAGGGAAGAACGAGGCGCAGCUGUGCGAGUAUGCCCGCCUCGAUCUAUGGCUGCGGGAAUACCUCUUCCACGCUUUGGGGGCCUCGCUCAUUCGCUGGUCGGUCAGAAUGGACAUGUGGCCGCCUACAAGUAACGAGCGGAACUCGCUCGCCAUGUGGUUAUUCUGGUUUUUGCUCAAGCCUGAGGACUACAUGGUGGACGACGUUACUUUCCAGGAGGCCGCGAGCGUCCUGAAGAUUAUAGCAUUAGGUGCACACAUGUACCCACUUUGCUUCCCCUCGUGGCGUGACUUUACCCCGACGUGUCAUGCGAAGGAGGUGUCGGUGGUGUCCCACUUCUCCUUGAACCUGCGAAUUGUCCCACCGCGGAUAUCGGCGCCGGCGAUCCUUGCGUAUCUCACACUAACCAACAGGCUACCGGUUUCGCUAGACACCUUGAACUACACGAAGCCCGCAGAACCCACGCUGCCGAGUGCAGUUGUGGCGCGGGAUAGCAAGGAGUGGGACGCAGAGUGGGCGCGAGGAUUAUACCUCGGGUCGCACACCGCCAAGCCUCUCGGGAACGAGCUUUCCGGCGCGUUCCUGCCCGGUAGCCUAGAGGGGAUUUGGGAGGGCGUGUUCACGUACACCGAAUUCACAUCGUACGCGGCGCUGCUCUCUGGCGCCUCGCCUGGUAUUCUGCAGCGGAGUCACAUUGCUCAGCACCCACAUCUGUGGCGAGUGCGCGAGUAUCAUCUGUACGACGAAGAGGACGAAGAUGAAGACUUUAAUGUAAAGCGCAAAGCGGACGUCGCGCCUCUGUCUGCGGGAAAUCCUCUGCGCGGAUACAUCCCAAGUCGGGUGGACAUGCAAGAAGUUCCUGACGGCCUCGAGUUCACAGAGCCCGGGCGCAGCGAACCGAUAACCUAUUGGCGCUGUAGACCCGACGGACCAAAGCGGAAGGUGAAGGAUGUUUUUAUCACCGGUGAAGGGCACUCGUCCUGGGGCCAAUUUAAACUCAUCGGGCGAGUCAGGCCUUGCGAUGGAUUUAUCAGCUUAUCUAAAGAAUAUGUGGAUAGUGGACGCGGCAAAUGGGUGUAUCGGGCAUAUAUAGUCGGAAACGCCAACGGUAACCUGUCGGGUCGAUGGCGGGACACGCUGAGCCCGCCGGAUGUGCUUGGGUAUGAGGGGUGCUUCAUCAUGAGCAGACGAAGGUAA